AAAGAGGGGGAAAAACAUCCCACGAUCUGAUUGCACUGAUUCGGCUUUGGGUUGUCUAGUGAUUCUAUAGUCUCUGCUUACCCCGGUGGGAAAUAGGCGUGAGUUUAUGUAUGUAUGUAUGUAUUUUAUCUAGUGAAAUUCUGGUGGUUCGAGAGACCGCUCAGUUUUAGUGGUUUCUGGUGGUUUGCACGGCCGCAUUUGGUGGGCUGGUGAAAAUAAAGUUGGCAACACUGUUCAUUUCUGAUUUCGCUCGAUUGUUUUGUUGAUCGACCCUGUUUUUUGCAAAAAUAUAAUAAUUAGACCAUAAAAGUAUAAAAAACGUGAAAUUUACUGUUGAUUUUGUGAAAACUGUUAAACAUAAAUUUCAAAUAUGGGGAUUUUUGGAACUUCGACACCUUUUGAUCAAGAUGUCGAGAGAGCAACCAGUGAGAACAACACAAAUGAAGAAUGGGGGCUGAUCCUAGAGAUCUGCGACCGCGCCGGUGCGUCGGCGCAGGCGUCGCGGGACUGCCUGCGCGCCAUCCUGCGCCGGCUUGGUCAUCCAGACCCGCACGUUCAAGUACACGCCGCCACGCUGCUGGACGCUUGCGUCGCUAACUGCGGAAAGGUGUUUCAUCUCGAAGUAGCCUCACGCGAAUUCGAGACAGAAUUCCGUCGUCUGCUAUCGCGCGCGCAGCCGGCGGUCGGUCAACGGUUGAAGGGUCUCCUCCGCAAGUGGUCGGAAGGAGAGUUCAAGUCGGACCCUCAGCUGGACCUGAUCCCGGCGUUGGCGAAGCAGUUCCGCGCUGACGCGACUGACAGAGACACCCCGAGUCAUUCCAGUCAGUCCACCGCCUCUGCCGCCGCCGCCGCCGCGCAACGAGAACAGGAGGAGCUGGCGCGAGCCAUAGCGCUGUCUCUCCGCGAGUCGGGCCCCGCGGGUCCGGCGGCGGGCAGCGCGCUGUACCCGCGCGUGGAGGAGGCGGCCGCCGCGCCGCCGCCCGCCAGGAAGGUGCGGGCGCUCUACGACUUCGAGGCCGCCGAGGACAACGAGCUCACCUUCCACGCGGGGGAGAUUGUGCACGUGACGGACUCGAGCGACCCGAACUGGUGGAAGGGAUACAACGACCGCGGCGAGGGACUGUUCCCGGCCAACUUCGUCACCUCCGACCUCACCGAGCCGCAGCCGCAGCCAUCAAAGAACGAGGUCCGCGGCGGCAAGAGCGUGCAGUUCGCGGAGAGCAGCAGCAGCAGCGGCGCCGAGCAGCCGGUGGAGAUCGACGAGGCGGCCAUGGACGCCGCGCUCAACCUGCUGCACGAGGCCGAUGUCGAGGCGCGCAACGACGAGUCGCCGCUGCAGGCGCUGGAGGCGCGCGUGGUGCGCAUGGGCCCGCUGGUGGACGCGGCGCUGGAGCGGGCCGACACGCGGCACGCGCGCCUCACGCAGCUGUCGGCCGAGCUGGUGCGCGCGCUCAACCUGUACCACGAGCUCAUGCGCGACCCCAAGCCGCACCCGCCGCACCCUCCGCACCCGCCCGCGCCCUUCCAGGCGCCGCCCAUGCCCUACGCGCACCCGCCGCCGCCCAGAUGCUGAUUGCACGGAAAAAGUGGUACGCGCCUGAAAAUUACGUUUGUACAUAAUAGUUCUUAUUUCACAUAGCUUGAGAAAAUAUGCUUUUGUAUACUGAAUUAUUUAAAUAUAAGAAAUAUGUUAGACUAUGUUCUGGUGCUGAUUCCAGUACACACCACCUAAAUGUAUUUUAAGUUAUACCUGUCAUUUUCUUAUGC